CCAGCCCUGUCUGUAAAUUGUCAUUAGAGUCAGGCGCGCAGUAUAUUCAACAAUUUCGAAAUUAAGAUAUAAGAGUGUGAAUUUGCAAAUUAAUCGAGUCUAAAAUGUGCUCUAUGUAUUGUUUAUUUCGUGCACCUCCUUAAAUUGAUGACAAAAUUGUAAAUUUAUGUGUGCAAACUAUGCUAAUCAGUAUACAGUUUUUGUGCUGCAUUCAGAGUUGUUUAGUGUGGCUUGUUAAGUGGCUGGAAAAUACUUACAAAUAUUAUACAGAAAUUAAAAUUGAAUAAACUACAUAUAUAUAUGUAUGACAAUAUGGAUCUACAGGAAUUUCUAGCGCUAGAGCGCAAGCAGUUAGAAUUCGAUCGAAAACGUCUUGCUGCAGCUAGCAGCACUUUUGAGAAUAGUACACAAAAUUCUCAAGCCGUUUGUCCUGCCGCCCUAUUAAUGCAAAUGGAAAGCUAUAAACCCAUGCAAUGUCAGCGCAUGGCAAACACAAGCAGCAGUGAGUGCAAUGAACUUGCAAAGGCCUCGAACUCAGCCUUAGCAACGCCCAACAAAAACUCCGAACUGCAGCUAGAGUUGAGCGUAGAGGAUAGCUUUCCAGAGCUAGAGCAGGAGAAGGAGCAGGAACAGCAGCAGCAGCAGCAGCAGCAGCAGAGGAACCCAACUGACAUCACACUCCCAAAAUCGGCCAAGGAAUUUGUAAAUCAACGAGAAUUGCUUAUUGGCAGCGCGCGACAAUAUAAAUUACCAAAUGCGACGUAUCGUGAUUUGGAAAGCGAGCGACCACAAAGCGAGAAUCGUGUGCCAAUUGGGAAGCGAGCAACCGGCGAUGAUAUGGAGCAAUGGGUUACGGACACAUUUUAUUCCUAUUUUCCAGGCUUCAACAAUGAAAAUCAGAAACGUCAAAAUUAUUUGCGUGAGCGACAGCGCGAGAAUCAGCAGAACCUGCUUAAGCACCAGAUGCUGCAUCCGCCACUGGUUAAACAGCGAAGACAGCUGAAGCCAACCACACAAAGUUCAGUGCCGACCGGAGAGCAGCUGCAGACAACGGCGCGCUCCAGUCAAUCCAGCACAAGCACAAACCAUAGCCGAACGGAUAAGACUGACCUAGAAUUAAUUGUAAAUAAUAAUCCCAAUUAUGUGCCGCCUAAAAUACGCACGGCAACGACACGACAGCAACUGCUCCAUGAUCUUGGUCAUGUUGAGCUCUCCAAUAUUGUCUCCGGCGAUGGCAUCAACGAGCGCAAUAUGCGCAGUGCUGAGCUGGAAACGGCACGCAAAAAGGACUAUCAACGGGACUUGAUGCAGCAAAUUGAAGAAAAGCGUCGCUCCAUCGAAAUACUACGAGAAAAGGAGCGUCGACAGGAGGAGGCGCUGACUAGGCGUCUAGAGGCACAACUUAAAACAAUGCACCUGGAGGAAAAGCUCGAAAAAGAAAAGCAGCGUGCUGAAAAGGCACGCAUUGAGAUGGAACAGAAUCGUUUGAUGCGCGAAAAGCUGCUAGCUAAACUGGAGGAGGAUGCGCAGCUGUUGCAUGCCAAGGAGCUGAAUAAUUCAAAGGAUGUCAAAGGCAGCAUGAACCACAACAACAACAACGACAACAACAACAGCAAUAAUAACAACAGUAAAACCAACAAGGUUUACAAAUACUUUAGCAAUUCGGCGCGUCACGAAUACCGACGCGGUCAGCCGUUGCCGCCUGGCGUGGAACUCGAUUUUGAAUUGCCUCAAAUGGCAAAAAUAGAACGGGAAUGCUUCCAUUUGUGCGAGAAGAUUUGCCCGCUCUGCGAUGAGCCGCUGAAGAGUUAUGAGAGCUGUUGUCUGCGUUGCCAGCGUAAAUUGGCUUUGAAAUUGAAGUCGUCAAGCAGCGAAGCGCAAACAGCUACGAGUGACGAGGCCAACAUAGACCCAGCUGCUGCAGUCGAUCACAGCUGCCAGAAUAGCUUUGCGCUUGUCUGCUUGAAGUGUGAACGCCUGUAUGCUAUGUGUGGGCAGUGCUUGGUGAAGAGCGAUGUUUGCCGCGCCUGCCAGCGAGAGCGUAAUGUCUGCAUGAAUUGUCGCCGCAACCUGUGCUCCUUUUGCUUGGAAGAGAUUGCCAGCGGUCGCGAUGCUGAGCGCACACAUAUCAAUGAACAGCUGGACCGUGAGCCGCCAACGGAUGAUGCGUUUCGCGUGCUGGAAGUGAAUUGUCCGCCGGCAGCAGAUAAUACCUGCUCAAAUCUAGUGAAUACCACACCACCGCCGUACUCUUUUAAUAUAUCUCCCAAUUCGGUGUUUCAUGAGGACUAUAAGGCCACGCCCGUGAAGCCAUUGCAGCUGGAUCAACGAGAGUUGCCUGCCGCCUCGGGCAGUGCGAGCAACAGUUUCGAGCUUGACAGCGCCGAUGAGCAAGCCAUGAAGCGUGUUAGACGUCAAACGGAUCAGCGGUUGUCGCGUUAUCUGAAAAACUAUGGAGACUUGGCAGUCAAGCAACAGCAGCAGUUGGACCUGCGGAGCAAAAGUGAAUCCCGUCAUCGUGGCACACAAACAACACCACAAUCAUUGGGACGCCGCGAUAUCGUUCUACACGAGACGCCCACGCAAAAUCUAUCGAUGCCUCUACUACGUGAAAUGCCUAAAAUGACGCGCAAGGAGUCGGGCAUAACGCUGGACGAAAAUCGUCAGCACCAAAAAAUGGAUAAUCUCAAGAAACGCUGGGAGGUGCCUGUCGUGCAGAAAUUUACUUUGUCCACAUCGUCACCUAAAAUCCUGACUCAAGUGGGCGCAAUACGUAAACAGCUGCAGGCUUCGCGUUUCUACGAUGAUGUCCAGGACGAAGGCGCCGACUACUGAGUGUAAGAGCUAACAGCAAUUUUUCUGCAAUUUUCAAGAAAAAUUGUCGACGUUUAGUUGAUUUUCAGUUCUAAUUAUUUCAGCAAUAAUACAUUUUUAUAGUGCACAUAUACCUUUCACGUUUUCACUACCU